AGGGAGUGACGGGCGCGGCCUGGGCGGCGGCGGCGGAGCAUCCUAAGGUGGCGGCUGUCUGAGGUGCUAGCUGCCCGUGGACUCGGGCACCGGAACGAGCCGCGCUGGCGGCGGCGGCGAUAGCCGCGAUGAUGGAGAUCCAGAUGGACGAGGGCGGAGGUGUGGUGGUGUACCAAGACGACUACUGCUCGGGCUCGGUUAUGUCGGAGCGUGUGUCGGGCCUGGCGGGCUCCAUCUACCGCGAGUUCGAGCGCCUCAUCCACUGCUAUGACGAGGAGGUGGUCAAGGAGCUCAUGCCGCUGGUGGUGAACGUGCUGGAGAACCUGGACUCGGUUUUGAGCGAGAACCAGGAGCACGAGGUGGAGCUGGAGCUCCUGCGUGAGGACAACGAGCAGCUGCUCACGCAAUACGAGCGCGAGAAGGCGCUGCGCAAACAGGCCGAGGAGAAAUUCAUUGAAUUUGAAGAUGCCUUGGAGCAGGAGAAGAAAGAACUACAGAUCCAGGUAGAACAUUAUGAGUUUCAGACACGUCAGCUGGAGCUAAAGGCCAAAAACUAUGCAGAUCAGAUUUCCAGAUUGGAGGAACGGGAAUCGGAGAUGAAGAAGGAGUACAAUGCCCUACACCAGCGGCACACAGAGAUGAUCCAGACCUACGUGGAACACAUUGAAAGAUCCAAGAUGCAGCAAGUUGGGAGUAGUGGCCAGACAGAGAGCAGCCUGCCAGGGCGGAGUCCUCGCCAGUCGUGGAGGAAAAGCAGGAAGGAGCGUCCCACCUCUCUGAAUGUCUUCCCCCUGGCUGACGGCAUGGUACGUGCACAGAUGGGGGGCAAGUUCGUGCCUGCGGGGGACCACUGGCACCUGAGUGACCUCGGCCAGCUGCAGUCCGGCUCCAGCUACCAGUGUCCAAAUGAUGAGAUGUCUGAGUCAGGCCAGUCCUCAGCAGCUGCUACUCCCAGUACCACAGGUACCAAGUCCAACACACCCACGUCCUCCGUGCCCUCAGCAGCAGUUACACCACUCAAUGAGAGCCUACAGCCCCUGGGGGAUUAUGGCAGUGUCACAAAGAACAACAAGCGGGCCCGAGAGAAGCGCAACAGCCGCAACAUGGAGGUCCAGGUUACCCAGGAGAUGCGGAACGUAAGCAUUGGUAUGGGCAGCAGUGAUGAGUGGUCUGAUGUUCAAGACAUUAUCGACUCUACCCCAGAGCUGGAUGUCUGUCCGGAAACCCGUCUGGACCGCACAGGAAGCAGCAGCCCAACCCAGGGAAUCGUAAACAAAGCUUUUGGCAUCAACACUGACUCCCUGUAUCAUGAACUAUCUACAGCAGGGUCUGAGGUCAUCGGGGAUGUGGAUGAGGGAGCCGACCUCCUAGGGGAGUUCUCAGUGCGCGAUGAUUUUUUUGGAAUGGGCAAAGAAGUGGGGAACUUGCUGCUGGAGAACUCACAACUUCUAGAGACAAAAAAUGCUUUGAAUGUGGUGAAGAAUGACCUCAUUGCCAAGGUUGACCAACUGUCAGGAGAGCAGGAAGUGCUGAAGGGUGAGCUGGAAGCUGCCAAACAAGCCAAAGUCAAGCUGGAAAACCGAAUCAAAGAACUUGAAGAAGAGCUGAAAAGAGUCAAGUCAGAGGCAGUAAUCGCACGCCGUGAGCCCAGAGAAGAGGUGGAGGAUGUAAGCAGCUAUCUCUGUACAGAAUUGGACAAAAUCCCUAUGGCCCAGCGCCGACGCUUCACAAGGGUAGAGAUGGCCCGAGUGCUCAUGGAACGGAACCAGUAUAAAGAACGACUAAUGGAGCUGCAGGAGGCUGUGCGGUGGACUGAAAUGAUCAGAGCAUCCAGGGAACACCCAUCUGUCCAAGAAAAGAAGAAGUCCACUAUCUGGCAGUUUUUCAGCCGCCUCUUCAGCUCGUCAUCCAGCCCCCCUCCAGCCAAACGGUCCUACCCGUCUGUGAACAUUCACUACAAGUCACCUACAGCAGCCGGUUUCAGCCAGCGUCGCAGCCAUGCCAUGUGCCAGAUUUCAGCCGGCAGCCGACCCCUGGAGUUCUUCCCUGAUGAUGACUGUACUUCUUCUGCCCGGCGGGAACAGAAGCGGGAACAAUAUCGCCAGGUUCGUGAACAUGUGCGCAAUGAUGACGGAAGGCUGCAGGCCUGUGGGUGGAGCCUGCCUGCCAAGUACAAGCAGCUGAGCCCCAAUGGAGGCCAGGAAGACAACCGUAUGAAAAAUGUGCCUGUCCCUGUGUAUUGCCGCCCUCUGGUAGAGAAGGACCCCACAAUGAAGCUUUGGUGUGCUGCUGGUGUCAACCUGACUGGGUGGAAACCAAAUGAAGAGGACUCUAGCAGUGGAGGCAAGCCCACACCAGGGAGAGACCCUCUGACUUGCGACCGGGAAGUUGAAGGCGAGCCCAAGAGCAGCCACCCAUCACCUGAGAAGAAGAAGGCAAAGGAGGUCCCUGAGGCGGAUGCUACCUCCAGUCGGGUAUGGAUACUCACCAGCACCCUGACCACCAGCAAAGUGGUGAUCAUUGAUGCCAACCAACCAGGCACUGUUGUGGAUCAAUUCACAGUUUGCAAUGCCCACGUCCUAUGUAUCUCCAGCAUCCCUGCGGCCAGCGACAGUGACUAUCCCCCUGGGGAGAUGUUCCUAGACAGUGAUGUGAAUCCUGAAGACUCAGGUGCUGAUGGUGUGCUGGCUGGCAUCACUCUGGUGGGGUGUGCUACCCGCUGCAAUGUACCACGUAGCAACUGUUCCUCCCGAGGAGACACUCCAGUACUGGACAAGGGGCAGGGGGAUGUGGCAGCCACCGCCAAUGGGAAAGUAAACCCAUCCCAAUCCACAGAAGAAGCCACAGAAGCCACAGAGGUGCCAGACCCUGGUCCUAGCGAGCCAGAAGCAACCACAGUUCGGCCCGGGCCCCUCACAGAGCAUGUCUUCACUGACCUGGCAUCUACCCCACCCUCCAGCACCCAGCCUGCCAGUGAGAAUGGGCCAGAGCCCAAUGGCAGCAUUGUACAGCCUCAGGUGGAGCCCAGUGGGGAGCCCUCUGCAACCACCAGUAGUGCUGCACCCACCAUGUGGCUAGGAGCCCAGAAUGGCUGGCUCUACGUGCAUUCAGCAGUAGCCAACUGGAAGAAGUGUCUGCACUCCAUCAAGCUAAAAGACUCUGUGCUGAGCCUAGUGCAUGUCAAAGGCCGAGUGCUGGUAGCUCUUGCAGAUGGGACCCUGGCUAUCUUCCAUCGUGGCGAGGAUGGCCAAUGGGACCUGAGCAACUAUCACCUGAUGGACCUGGGCCACCCACACCACUCCAUCCGUUGCAUGGCUGUUGUGGACGACCGAGUCUGGUGUGGCUACAAGAACAAGGUGCAUGUCAUCCAGCCCAAGACAAUGCAGAUCGAGAAAUCAUUUGAUGCCCAUCCAAGGCGGGAAAGCCAGGUGCGACAGCUUGCCUGGAUCGGUGAUGGAGUAUGGGUUUCUAUUCGCUUGGAUUCCACCCUUCGACUCUACCAUGCUCACACCCACCAGCAUCUGCAGGAUGUGGACAUCGAGCCGUAUGUUAGCAAGAUGCUGGGUACCGGCAAGCUGGGCUUCUCCUUCGUCCGCAUCACAGCCCUACUCAUUGCGGGCAACCGUCUGUGGGUGGGCACUGGCAAUGGGGUUGUCAUCUCCAUCCCCCUGACUGAGACUGUGGUCCUACAUCGAGGCCAGCUUUUGGGGCUCCGAGCCAACAAGACAUCUCCAACAUCUGGGGAGGGGACCCGCCCAGGGGGUGUCAUCCAUGUGUAUGGGGACGACAGCAGUGACAAGGCAGCCAGCAGCUUCAUCCCCUACUGCUCCAUGGCUCAGGCUCAGCUCUGCUUCCAUGGACACCGUGAUGCUGUCAAAUUUUUUGUCUCUGUGCCAGGAAAUGUACUUGCCACUCUGAAUGGCAGUGUGCUAGACAGCCCAUCGGAGGGUCCUGGGCCUGCUGCGCCUGCUGCAGAUUCUGAGGGCCAGAAGUUGAAGAAUGCGCUGGUGCUGAGUGGUGGUGAAGGUUACAUUGACUUCCGCAUUGGGGACGGCGAGGAUGAUGAAACAGAGGAAGUUGCCGGGGAUGUGAACCAGGUGAAGCCCGUGUUGUCCAAGGCUGAGCGCAGCCACAUCAUCGUGUGGCAGGUUUCCUACACCCCUGAGUGAGAACCUGCCCUGCCUGAUGCCAACUGUACAUAGGACCCUACCUGCCUGCCCUCCCGCCUGUUCCCUGGGGCAGUCAGGUUCGUCCAUCCCCUUUUAACCUCUCAACUUGCAGCUUUUGCCUGAGGUCCAGCCCCCAGCUGUUAGAGAGGGGUGAAGCAAGUCUGGGGAGUGAGACAGGAAGGAGAACCUCUGGGACACCCUCUCUCCAGCAGCUCCUGGCCCUGGCCAACACCCAGCCCCAGUGAAGUCCCAGGGGCCCCUCAGGGCAAGUCAGGACCAAGAUUGCUAUGGGCAGCUCCCACAGGUGGCCCUGGCAGGAGCGGGAGCCGCAUACUGCCGAGUCUUCCCCAAGUCUACUUGCUUUGCAUGCAGCCCUGAGGGACCCAGGCCUAGCCACUGUCCUCUGCCCAGAAGCAAGGCUAGAACUGUCUGUAUUCCGGGACCUCAGCCAGCCUUCUCUGGAAUUUUCCCUAUCUCCAAACUUACAUUCCCUUGGCCCCAGCCUGGGUCUUACCUGGGAACCUGGCAUGAAAGCUCAGGGCCAUCCUCCCUGGGAAGCUGCUUCAGAAGAUGACAAAUACCCAUUAACCCAAGGGAUCCCAAGAUUGUCUAGCCCCUCAUAGACCAGUGUCCCCUAGGCUCUUCAUGGGCACAAGAUUAACCUUGGAGGAGCAAGACCCUAGUGCCCUACCCCUCUCAGAAGCCCCAAGGGUAGAAUUUCUCAGGCUGCCAGGGCAGGCACAGGCCUCAGGAAGAAGGAUGGCCCUGGUGUCCCCAGAGUCAGUCCUAGAAUGCAGGCUCGGCCUCAGGUUAAUGGAGGAUGGUGUGCUCCCAGGGCCUGCCUCCUGCACAGGGCUCGAAGGAGCCCAGCUCGCGGACACGUACUAAGUGCCUAGGGCUGCCAGCUGUGGCCUGCUCCCUUGGAGAGCAACUAACAGAGGCUGCCAGGCAGAGAGGCCAGACAAGCUGAGGACUGGCCAGGAUGGGCAGUUAUAAGCAAGUGUGUGGAGGCAGGUGCUGCCCUGGCCCUGGUCUUAACUCUUCCAGGGGCAUUGAUCAGAGUCAGCUGGCCUCUACUGCCCUCUCACCACCAGAGAAGCACAGAUCCAGGGGCACUGCCCCCUGAGCCCACCUGGCCACAAGCUGCAGCAUUGUGCAGCUGUAGGCUUCUCCCCACCAUCCUGCCACCUCUCCACUGUGAUGUAUGUCCCUUGUCUGUUCCCACAGGAGUGUGAAGUGACUGGGGUUAGCUGGGUGGGUGCAGCUGGAGGAAGGGGCCAGUGCAGCUCUCCUCAGGCUUUGGCCUUGCAAGUGAACUCACAUAUCUGCUCUGUAUGUAAUAAAUGUCUUAACAGUACUUUUGUCUUGAAACUA